AUGUCAAAGUACCAGUCAACAGAUCAGUCCGACUCGAACAGUGAGCCAGUUCGCACUGGCAGAUUCGAGGAACAUGGAGAGUACGAACAUGAACGUGAAGGCGAACGUGAACGCUUGCAUCGAGACAAUCCAGAGCCCGUCAGACAAAGCCGUGUGCCAGCUGACGAUCGACUUUCCUCAUCAGACAUGGAGUCACAAGCAUUGUUGGACCCCGACGACCCAAUUGUAUCACCUUUGAAUUUGGAUAGGAUAAAGUUGCUCAAAUAUAUCCAAUUGAUUUUGAUAUUUGUCAAUCUCAUACUAUUCUUUGUCUUGCUAUUCAGUGACUUUUUCCCCAUACCCGGUUUCAAUAACCGAGGAAAAUCGUUCUUGCAGAUUGACUUGGUGUUGAUUUGUUUAUUAAUCAACGGAUUGAAUCAAGCGUCAUUUGUUGUUCCUGCCUACUAUGAACGUAUUGGUGGGUAUAUUGUCCUGGGUUUGUUGCUCAUUGAUUUGAUUUUGGUUGUUGCUAUUCCUGAAACAAGACAAGAGCAAGGCUUUUUAGGAAGUUUCUUAAUCUUGUGGGCUGCCAUCACUUCAUUGCUCAAUUCACUUAUUGAUUACUGGGUUGAAGAUGCUAAGCAUUAUCAAGAGAUUAGAUAUACUGGAAGGAUUGAAAAACGUAAAACCGUUCGAGAGUUGUUUGUUAUUUUCAUCAAGACUAUAUUUGAGUUGUUCAUAUUGUGGGUGAUUUGGUGUGUUAGUUUAACUAUUUGGUUACAUUGCUUCGACACUCAUGAGAAGCCAUGGGGUCAAUUGAUACCAGUGAAUAACAAUCAAUUCAGAGUACAUUUGGCUUGCUUUGGUGAUGUGUAUGACAAGAAAUCCGAUCAACCAAUAGUUUUGGUUGAGGGAGGUCAAAUGACUUCGAGUGAAGUGUUUCAAGAAUGGAUCGAGGAGUUGCACCAUUUAGAUAAAGUUGAGAGGUAUUGUAUUUGGGAUAGACCUGGGUAUGCGUUUUCCGAUUCUGCACCACCCCCACAAAGUAUUGGCAUAGUUGUUGACUACCUAUCAGAAGCAUUGGAAUCCCAGGGUAUCGAGGGUCCAUUUGCUGUUGUUGGAUUCGAUAUUGGUGGAUUAUAUGCAAGAAUGUUUGCCAGUAGACAUCGAGCCAAAAUCCAGUCGAUCCUUUUUGUUGACGCAUGGCCAGCUGAUUUGUUGAAGAAAUGGCCAUUCAGUGGAUCAGGUAAAAAGAAUGAGUCAACCAAAGUGUUUAAACACUCGUUGGAAGUGAUGGACAAUAUAACCGGCAUCAAAUUGUGGCUCAAAGGUUUCAUUUCGCCGUUGGGUAUUAUCCCCAGUUUUCAUUGGUUUUUCCAUCCAAUGAAGUUUUCCAGCAAAAGUCGAGUGUUUGGAAGAGAUAUGUAUUAUCAAUCAAAGUACAUUCGUGCUAGAUGUCAGGAACAGCUAGUAUCGGGAAUCUUGUCGUAUAAUGAAAUUAGAGAAGCUGAUAUAAAUGAGUUACAAGUCGGGGUCAUUUCCUCAGAUUUCAUGAUUAAGAAAUCGUUGAAUUGGGGUAAAUGGCAACGAGAGUUGACCAAGUUGAGUUCAAGAACGGCUGAAUGGGUGAUUGCUGAAAAUAGUGAUCAUUUUAUAUGGAGAAGUUCAAAGGGGAGAAAAGAAUUGCAACAGUUGUUGUUGCGUUUGAUUGGUGAGCAAGAGUAUUAA